GCACACUCAACCCCAGUGUGCAUUGAAUUUUCCCUCAAUUACUGUAUGUCUCUCUCUGCAGACACAAGAAAUUGAUAGUAAAGCAGCUCAUUACUAUGCUGAGAUGUGUAGUAAAUUCCCAAAUAUUUCAUAAUAUUAUGCUCUUUCUGUUCUCUGAUUCUGGUUGUAUGUACACUCCAGCAUGAAAUUAGGCAAGCGAAAUUUGAAACUUUAAACUUUACCAAACACCCCACCAAGUGGUACUGGUUUCACAGCUACUGUGUGUACAGAAAUAUUAUGCCAUAACUCUCUCCCAUCUCUAGAGUCGUGCCAUAAUGAAGCAACUCAACCACAAUGUUGCUCUCCGUGUCAAACUGACCCAGGACGUGGACACUGCCAGGGAGACCAUCCAACACCUCCAGGACCAGCUAGCCACCACUUCCAGCAGCUACGAGAAGCAGUUGAGUACCAUGUCGGACCACCUCUGUGAGCUCAACGACAAGAUGAUGAGACAGAGUGAGGAGCUGGAGGUGCUCAGGAGAAACAAGGGUAAAAGAUGGGGCAAGUAGCCAAAGGCACAGAAACUGGUUAUUUAUUACUUUUUGAACUUUGAAUGGAUCUUUUGUUUUGUGUAUUUAAAAUUUUAUAUAUUAUUGUGAUGUUGAUCACAUG